ACAAAAUUUGAUCUUCAGUCCUAACAGAACUUGCCCACGCAGCAUCCGACUCCGAAUGGCAGAGAACGGACUACGAGGACAAGGGGGCGGAGCUCUCCUUCCAAGGAGCCGAAUUGCAGAGGCAACCAUUGAAGAUGGACCAGGAGGGGAGGACGGACGGCGGUGCGACUUCUGCCGCCAAUCUUAUGGUGCCCACGGAACUAACAACACCAGACCUGAUCGAAGCAUACUCUGGCGACAAAGUGGAUACCUUCGACCAGGACAGCCGCAGGGGUGACACCUCUCCCCCAACCAACCCACAAAAGCAGCAAACGCACCGAAACCCGGACAAGCACCGGUGCCGCUUCUGUCCUCACUCAUGUCUUUCUGCAGCGGGUAUCGCCAUCCACGAGAGGACUCACACUGGAGAGAGGCCCUUCAGUUGCGAUGUUUGCGAGAAAACGUUCCCGGAUAAGUCUUACUUGAAGGCUCACGUUAGAACUCACACCGGAGAGAAGCCGUUCAAGUGCAACACGUGCAGCAGGGCCUUUGCUCAGAAAAACAACUUGGCGGUUCAUGAGAAGAUUCACACCGGAGAGAAGCCGUUCAAGUGCAACACGUGCUGCAGGGCGUUCACUCAGAAAAUCAAUUUGGCGAGUCAUGAGAGGACUCACACGGGAGAGAAGCCGUUCAAGUGCAACACGUGUAGCAGGGCGUUUAGUCAGAAACACAACUUGGCGGUUCAUGAGAAGAUUCACACCAGAGAGAAGCCGUUCAAGUGCAACACGUGCUGCAGAGCGUUCACUCAGAAAACCCAUUGGGCGAGUCAUGAGAGGACUCACACGGGAGAGAAGCCGUUCAAGUGCAACACGUGUAGCAGGGCGUUUACUCAGAAAUGCGAUUUGACGAUGCAUGUGAGGACUCACACCGGAGAGAACCGUACAGGUGCAACACGUGCAGCAGGGCGUUCACUCAGAAAACCCAUUUGACGAAUCAUGAAAGGACUCACACCGGAGAGAAGCCGUUCAAGUGCAACACGUGCAGCUGGGCGUUUACUCAGAAAUGCGAUUUGACGAUGCAUGUGAGGGCUCACACCGGAGAGAAGCCGUACAGGUGCAGCAGGGCGUUCACUCAGAAAACUCGCUUGGCGAAUCAUGAGAGGACUCACACCGGAGAGAAGCCGUUCAAGUGUGAGACCUGCGGUAGAGCGUUCGCGGCUCAUAGCAAUUUACACGCUCAUCGGAAGAUACAUCGCAAGUUAUCGAAACAGCAACGUGCAUCAUAGUUGUGGAAGGGAUUUAAACGAAAUACUCUAGCACCGACGUGUGUUCAUUUGGCUUGGCGAUAGACCUGCAGCGGUUCUACUUGCAAGCAGUGUGUGUUUUGCACAGUUCAAAAUGUUUCAGCCUGUUAUUUAUUGCGCAAACACAGAUAAAAAAUGUGAAUUUCCCUUAGACGAAGCGACCAGAGGUCUUUUUAGAGCGCAGCUCUUAGGGGCCCGUUUCCGGCUUGAGCGGCGUCGCCGCCGCCGUUGGCGUAACCGCG